CAUCCGCUUUUUGACGGCAUGACGUGUCAGGUGUGUGCGCGCGUGAGAGAGAGCGCGUGUGUGCGCGCGACCGUCUCUGAACAGUAAACAUGGCCGACAGCAGCCUCCGGUGGAUGCAGAGCACCAGCCUUUUGCUCUUUUUUAUCCCAUUUCUCCUCAUCACUUUAUCAUUAAAUGGUGUAACUGCCGCUCCGGAGAUGGGCCUGUGGACUAUUACAGUCCUUAAUACAUCAAGACCUUUAUUGUUGAGGAAAGCCAUGUAUAAGGACACUGAUAUUCGAUUAAGAGUGUCAUCAUUCGGUUGUCCGGAGGAAGUGAGGUUCUCCAUUCAGUGGUUUCUAAAAUUCUACCCCUGUCACAAUGAGUACAACAAUAUUGAAGAGAUGUAUGAAAAGACGCCACAGAUUCGAGGAAACAGUCUGGACCCGAGCCCUCAGGGACAGGGAGAGUUUAUUCGGCACAAAUACAGGGAGAUAUCCUGCCGCAGCGACAUGCACAUGUUCCCCAUGCUCAAUAAAUCAAAAGCAGAACCAAAAACCGCGAGCCUGAUUCAGUUGGAAGGCAAGUUAGAGGAUGGGAGUUUCACCAGUUCUUCUGUUGCUGAGGCUGGUUCCUACGGACCGAUGGAACAUGUGAUUGCUACGACCUGGAGGGACGGGCCUUACCUGCUGGUAGUGCAGACCAGUUCAACAAAACAGGAUGCCAACUGGAAUUUAACCUUCAGUGUUGUGAUGAAGGGAUCCCACGGCUAUCUCUCUGUCACCGAAUGGCCUCUCAUGAUCUUCUACAUGGUGAUGUGUGUGGUGUACAUCCUGUACGCUCUUCUCUGGUUCGUCUGGGCGUCCUGCUACUGGAAAGACCUGCUGAGGAUCCAGUUCUGGAUUGCUGGAGUCAUAUUCUUGGGCAUGAUAGAGAAGGCCGUCUUCUGUGCUGAAUAUCAGAACACCAACAACGUGGGCUCAGCAUCUCAGGGUCUGCUGAUCUUUGCUGAGCUCAUCUCUGCUCUGAAGAGGACUCUGGCCCGUUUGCUCGUCGUCAUCGUCAGUCUGGGCUACGGCAUUGUCAAGCCGCGUUUGGGCACCGUCAUGCACCGAGUGGUGGGUCUGGGUGUGCUUUACUUCAUAUUUGCUGCAAUUGAGGGCGUCCUGAGGAUCACUGGGGCUAAAGACUCUGACCUGACCCUGCUAGCCAACAUUCCCCUGGCUCUGCUUGACUCCUCUCUGUGCUGGUGGAUAUUUGUCAGUCUGGCACAAACCAUUAAGACUCUGAAACUCAGAAGAAACCCAGUGAAGCUGUCUUUGUACAGACACUUCACCAACACGCUCAUCUUUGCUGUUCUCGCCUCCAUUAUUUUCAUGGUUUGGACGACGAAGAAGUUCCGGUUAGCAGACUGUCAGGCGGACUGGAUGGAGCUGUGGGUGGAUGAUGCUUUCUGGAGGUUCCUCUUCUCCAGCAUACUGCUGGUCAUCAUGUUUCUGUGGCGGCCGUCUGCUAACAAUCAAAGGUAUGCGUACACACCGCUUAUUGAUGACUCAGACGAUGAGGAGAUUGAAGAGUUCCUGGUGUCUGCAAACAUCGCUGAUGGGAUAAAGUUGAGGGCGGCUAAGACAGAAACCAAUGGAACGGUGAAGCCUGCAGCAGCCAAUCAGGAUGAAGAUUUGAAGUGGGUGGAGGAGAAUAUUCCUACCUCUCUGUCUGAUGUAGCUCUUCCUGUUCUUCUCGACUCAGACGAGGAGAUCAUGACCACCAAGUAUGAGAUGUCUAAGAUGGAGUGAGUUUAAGAAAGCGCUGUGGAUGAAGCAGACCUCCAGAGAUGCACAAAACCUUGCAGCUGCUGUAACGCCAUCUGACCCUCACCGGAGAGAGUCACAGACUCAGACUGCUUCCUUCCUUUGGUCCGGAUGGUUGGCGGCUUUUGGGUAAAUUGAAGGAAUCGUGCUGAAGAGGUGGACGCAUCCUAGCUGAUCUAGACUCAAUGCUUCCUGAACUUUGUUGAGGUGUUACCUCUCUUCUUCUUUUUUUCCUGAACUGUUCAAACGUCCAGAAGACUUAAACGUCAUCAUCAUCAUCAAUCUGCAUAAAGAGAUCUGUUUAUAAACUUUUGUGAGGACAAACCUGUCAGAAUUGUGAGCGAGUAUUCAAAUCGGUGAAACCAUUCUUAGUGUGUGUGUGUGUGUGUGUGUGUGUGUGUUACUCCAUCCUGAAAAACAUUGAACUUCAAUUUGACCAAAACGUGUUCUCCGUUUCUGUAAAUUAGUCUUUGGCUGUAAUAUAAAGUGUUAUUUCAGAGGUUUUUUCUAUGUUUUCAGCACAUGAUGUGAAUAGGAGAAUGUCUGUUUGUUGAAAUGGGCAGAAUGAUUCAUAAUAUAUUCUGAUUAAUUGUAAAGUUGUUUUGUUUUGUAGAGAGCCCACCUUAACUUUUCUCACUUAAAAGGAGAAUUCACCUCAAAAUUAAAUAAAAUAAAAUUGUUAUUUAGUCACCUU